AUGUCUGAAGAACUUAACCCUAUCACACCCUUUGACCGUACACCCAAACGUUUGGCGGGUUAUGGGAAAGAACAUCCUUCUGGUAAAUGGCCAGGUGGAGCUAAAGUCGCCGUUUCUUUCUGUCUGAAUUAUGAAGAAGGUGGUGAAUACUCCAUUCGUAAUGGCGACGCAUGGCAUCAACGUCAAUUUCAAGAAUACGAAAACGGCGUCACUGAAUCAGUUCCCAAAGUCGGUGUUGUGGAUCCCGCCGUCGAAAGUCAAUACUCUUAUGGGUCCCGUGCAGGUGUUUGGAGAAUCUUCAAAGCUUUCAAAGAUAGGGGUAUGGUUUUGUGUCUUUAUGGCGUAGCUUCCGCUCUCGCUCAAAGCCCUAAUGUUACGAAGAAAGCACUCGAGUAUGGUUUCGAAUGUGGUUCUCACGGUGGUAGAUGGAUUCAACAUGCUACUAUUCCCGCAGAGGAAGAAUCCGCCCAAAUUGCUGAAGGUCUCAAAGUCUGGAUGUCUCAAGGUCCCGCACCAGUCGGAUGGUUCUACGGUAGACCUUCUGCCGAAUCGUCUUACCUCGUCUUGGAGGAAUACAAAAAGCUCGGUCUUCCACCUAUCAAAUGGUGGUCUGAUUUGUAUUCUGAUGAUGUACCUCAUUGGCGUCCUCGACCAGGUGGUAAAAAAGAUGAAGGGAUGCUCUGCUUGCCGUACUCCUAUGAUAACAACGAUUACAAAUUCUCCCGACCUAACGGAUGGCGUUCCCCUAAAGUCUACGGCGACCAUUUGAUCGCUGCUUUCGACGAACUUUGGGAAGAGGCCGAGCGGACCGGAACCGACAAAAUGAUGACUAUCGGUCUUCAUUGUCGUGUUAUCGGUAAACCAGCACGUAUUGGUGCCCUUACUCGUUUCCUUGACCAUCUCAAAGCUAAAGGAGCUUGGGUAACUACUCGUGAAGCUAUCGCGUGA